AUGGCCGAUCGCUCCCGCCCCCGGCCUCCCAAGCUGCAGCAUUCUGGCAGCUUGGACAAGGUUGACUCAGCUCUGACCCGUCAGAGUUCAAGGGAGGCGACUCCAAUAGCCCUGGCCUCAUUUGGUUUGUUUAAUCCGCCAGACUCACAUCCCUCUACCCCCAUCGGCGUCGCGGAGCUAAAGAAGCCUCUGGCCCUGGAUGAUGCAAGCGACAUCAACAUCGUGGAAGAGACAUGGCAGACUUGGUUCCAUCGACUGCUUGCAUUUACGGGCCCAGGCUGGUUGAUGAGCAUUGCCUACGUGGACCCUGGGAACUUGGAGGCUGAUCUUCAAGCUGGUGCGCAGUUUGGGUAUAGCUUACUGUGGGCCCUCAUGGGCUCAACAUUGAUGGGGUUGGGAAUGCAGCUCAUCGCCGCACGCCUGGGUUGCGCCACAAGGCGGCAUCUUGCUGAGCACUGCCGGGAUCAUUUUGCACCGCCUUUGAGGCAACUCCUUUGGGCAUUUACUGAACUCGCAAUCAUCGGCUCCGACAUUCAGGAGGUCAUUGGCUGCUCUAUAGGCUUGGAGCUUCUAUUCGGCAUCCCGCUGACGGUUGGAGUUCUGAUUACAGCUUUUGCUGCUUUCAUUUUUCUUUUCCUGGAACGUCUGGGAACACGGCCGUUGGAGCUGUUCUUCGGCGUGCUCAUUUUGAUUCUGGCUUUGUCCAUGGGACGCUUGUAUGUAAGGAUUUGUCCUGACAACAUGGCAGUUGCUGAAGGCCUACUCGUUCCACGGCUAUCCCGUUCGGCAAUGCAGCAGGCUUUCACACAGAAAAAGCACUCGCUUCGUUUUUCUUUAAUUGUUAUUGUGGUGGGCAUGGUUGGUUGUGUCAUCAUGCCGCACAACUUGUUCUUACACUCUGCCCUUGUGCAAAGCAGGGUCCUCCAGCCGGGCGGUGAGGCGGAAGCCAUUCAGUUGUUUACAGUAGAAUCAGCGGCCGCCAUUCUCACAUCCUUGGUUAUCAACACAUUUGUUGUAGCAGUAUUUGCAAAGGGCUUCUAUGGAAAGCCUGGUACCGAUAUGAUUGGCCUUGCAAACGCGGGUCAAUACUUGGGAGAGGCUUUCGGGCAACCCAUGAAGAUCGUGUGGGCGUUAGGUCUCUGCGCAGCGGGGCAGUCAAGUACGAUGACUGGUGCCUAUGCUGGCCAAUGGGUGAUGCAGGGAUAUCUGGACUUGAAAGUCGCUCCGUGGAAGCGAGCCAUCAUCACACGCUCCAUGGCGCUCGUCCCAUGCCUUUCUGUUGCUGCCUAUUUUGGUGGACAACGAGAUGGCUUGGACAUUCUGAACACAUAUCUGAAUGUGCUGCAGAGUGUAGUGCUUCCUUUUGCAGCUGUGCCCUUGCUUACCUUUGCAGGGUCUAGGCGCAUCAUGGAUCACCUGGUCUUAUCCACCACCUCUCUCAUAGCUGCCUGGCUGGCCACGUCUCUCACUGUUUGUGCCAAUAUGUAUCUGUUUGUACAGCAGUUUGCAGAUUACGGUGCGGCACAUGUCCACGUGGGCUGUGGUUUGUAUAUACUGGCAGUCAUAUAUGUUGCCUGGAAGGGACGCGAAGCUGUGAGAUAG